AUGGGAUCAUCUCCCAGCAAGGUUGAACAACAAGCCAGAACACUACAGGGUCUGGAACAGAUUAUAAAGGAUAGGAACUUGGCAUUGUAUUAUCGCAAGUUCCUGUAUGAUAGGUUCAGCAAUGAGAACUUGUCAUUCUGGUUGGAGGCCGAGAAUUAUAGAUUGAUCGACUCGGAGGAGUUGAGAAUGAAGAGAUCCAAAGAGAUCUAUGACAAGUACUUCAACUCCUCAAGUCGAUACGAGUUGAACAUCGAUCAUAUUCAACGAGCCUAUCUACAGGAUCGUAUAUGCACACCCACCAGCGACCUAUUCCUGCCCAUCCAAGGUUCAAUUCGAAAGAUUCUGGAAUUGGAUACCAUCCCUUUAUUCUCCAAGUCUGAAUGUUAUAGGAUGUUUAUAAAGAGAAAAGGAAGAAGUGAAUUCGUCUUCUCAGGAAAUGAAAGAGGCAGGAGCACAACUGUUGAUGAGAUCGAGAAGUUGUCAAUGCCAAGGAACUCAAGAUAA